GUGUCCCCUCUCCGGCAGAUCCUUUCCGUCUGAAUCAUCUUCCGCAACCAUGACGACAUCCAUGGGUCCUCCUCCGCCGCUGCGAAACCCUAAAAAUGCUCCGGAGCCUGAUCCCUUUUCCCAGAAAGAAGAUUCUUCAUCGGCCUCUAUGGAUCCUCCGCCUCCUAAAAUCCCUAACCCUUCUAAUUCCGAGGCAACGAUGGAACAACCGGGAAAUCAGGAAGCAGCCACCGAUGAUUCUAUCGCUAUAGACGAGAAAAAGUCGGUUAUUGUUCAGGCUGUGAAGCAGUUCUCUGUUCCGUACUCUAUCCCGGAGUGGAGUGGCCCCCCACGCCAUCAAUUUCAGCUUGAAGUCCUCAAGGAAGGUUCCAUUGUCGGAAAAUUUGACGUGAAUGAGAAAGGAGCUUACAUGUUUGGACGUGCAGAUAUCUGUGAUUUUGUUCUUGAGCACCCCACCAUUUCCCGGUUUCAUGCGGUUAUUCAGUACAAGAGAGGUGGAGAUGCCUACUUAUUUGAUCUUGGUAGCGUUCAUGGAACUUUUGUUAACAAGAAUCAGGUGGACAAAAGGGUUUAUGUGGACUUGCACGUCGGUGAUGUUAUUCGCUUUGGCGGUUCAACUCGGCUGUACAUUUUCCAAGGACCAUUUGAGUUAAUGCCACCGGAAAAAGACUUGAAGCUGAUCAGAGAAGCGAAGUUCAAACAGCAGAUGUAUGAUCGAGAUGCUUCACUUCGUCGUGCAAGAGAACAUGCAUCCAUGGCUGAUGGUAUCUCAUGGGGCAUGGGAGAGGAUGCCAUUGAAGAAGAAGAGGAGGAUGUUGAUGAAAUUACUUGGCAAACAUACAAAGGACAGCUUACACAGAAGCAGGAAAAGACAAAGGAGAAAGUUGUGAAGCGAAUGGAGAAGAUUUCCCACAUGAAGAAGGAGAUAGCUGCUAUUCGGGCUAAAGAUAUCGCUCAGGGUGGAUUGACGCAAGGACAACAAACACAGAUCGCCAGGAAUGAGCAGAGAAUAGCUCAGCUUCUGGAAGAACUUGAAAACUUGGAGGAGACCUUGAAUGACAGCAUCCGGGAAAGUCUAGGUGCGAAAAGCGGGAAGAAAACCCAUGGUAAGAAGAAAGGGACUCUAGAAGAUGAUGAAAACUUGUCAAGUGAUGAAGAUGAAUUCUAUGAUCGGACAAAGAAGAAACCAUCAGCACAGAAAGGCAGCGAAGGCCAGACUGUUGAAACUGUAGAUUCUCUUCUUGAUAAGAGAGAUAAUGUUAUGAAAGCAAUAGAAGAGAAGAAGGAACUUAUUGUGGUGGAGAAAAAUCGGAUGGAGAAGGAGAAGACAGUUUCAGAGGCUGAACCCGGAGACUCGCUUGAUGCCUACAUGACUGGGCUUUCCUCACAGCUUGUUCAAGAUACAACUGUUCGGCUUCAGCAAGAGCUAUCUACUCUUCAAUCAGAAUUGGAUAGGAUCUUGUUCCUUUUAAAGAUUGCUGACCCAACCGGAGAAGCAGUUAAGAAAAGGGACUUGAAGCCACAAGAACCAAAACCAAACAAAUCUGAGAAGCCUAUGAGAACUUCUCCUACAGAACAGAAGAACAGCGUUCCUACAAAACCAGUUGAUGUCUCUGAGGAUAAAGAAGAAGAGGUUGCUAAUGUUUUAGUAGACUCUAAGAGUAAGCUUGACGUGGAGAAAAAGAUAGAAGGUGAAACAGCCGAAGGUAAAACUGCUAUGUAUAUCCCGAGGAAACACCAAUGGCUCGGUGCAGUCCUUGACAGAGAAGCAAAGGAAGAGAUCAAACAUGAAAUCGAAACUGUUAGCACAGAUGGUGGAGGUGAUGAGUUUGUUGACUAUAAAGAUCGAAACAAGAUAUUACCUGAUGCUGAGGACAGGACUACGAUGGGUUCGGGGGUUGAAAAUACUGCAACGGGAUUGAUAAUUAGGAAACGAAAGCAAGAAAACAAGGAUGAAGAAGAUGUGAAAUCAGAGGAGAAGCAAGCGGAGCUCAUGGCACAGGAUGCUAUUGCACUCUUACUGAAACAUUCUGGAGGAUAUCAAGUGGAAGAAGAUGAAACAGCGAACAGAAGUGAAGAAAAACAAGGAGGUCGCCGUGGUAAAAAGAAGAAGAAGGAGAAGAAGGAGAAUAAAGUACUCGGACCCGAGAAACCUACGUUCCUCGAUGACAACACCAGUUAUGAUUCAUGGGUUCCGCCCGAAGGACAAUCCGGUGAUGGGCGUACCUCUCUGAAUGAUCGGUUCGGAUACUGAUCACCUAUGUUAAGAAGCUUUGGCAAUGGCAACCACAGUUACAGAAGAUCUACAGUUUAAAAAUCACUUGUGGUUCUGAGUGGAAGGCAUCAAAUCUGCAGGAAAGUUGGAAAAAAAAAACGUUGUGGUUGCAGCCUAGCUCUGUGCCCGUGAUAUCUAAGAAUGUGUCAAAUGCUUCAUCUCUCAUCUGUUACUCGGAAUAUUCCUCGUCAUACGGCUCUGAAACUGAUUCUGGGACUGGCCGUAUGAGCAGUUCCAUCCCAUACUAACUUUUUCACCUUAUGUUUUUCAUAGUAGCGUUCGAGAAGAACAUGGAGGAAGGUUUAGUUUGGGAUCCUUGGAAAAGUGUAUGACUUUACGAAAAAAAUAUGUAAAAAGAGAACACCCAAAAAAAGGAGAUUGAUCCAAAUUACAUAAACGUGUUCUUGAUUAGUGUG